CUGGCGAUGCGUGGCGCGGCCUGGUAGCGGCCGCGGCAUGGCGCGCCGCGCCGCACGCGCCCGCGCCUGCUCCUCACACACACCAUGAGCGACCUGCAGGCCACCUUCGAGUUCUCUGUCGAACUCUACAAGUUCUACAAUGUCGACCUCUUUCAGAGAGGACUUUAUCAAGUGCGCGUGGGACUCCGUGUGUCUCCGAAGGUACCGGUGCACAUCGAGGCAUCGGUGUCGAGUGGCAAUGGAGCCGCCCGCACUGGCCGCCCCGCCGCCAACGCAUCGCUGGUCGGCGGGCUCGCUGCCUCCAGGGCCUUCCAGAUCAUGUACCGCAACGAGGAGGUCACGCUGCGGGACAUCGUGCAUUUUAGAGCUCAUCUCUUAGUGGACAGUAGGAAUCUGAAAGAGUCUUUGGAGAGAGCGGAAUGGAGUCUUGGAGUGGAGUUGUGGUGCAGUGAGGGGGCGCAGUCCAGCACCCUGGCGCCGAUGUCCUGUCGGGUCCUCAAACUGCACUUCCAGCCUUCCCAAGGCCUCCACUACCACCUGCCGGUUCUAUUCGACUACUUCCACUUGUCAUCCGUCUCCAUCACCAUCCAUGCGAGCCUAGUUGCUUUACAUCAGCCGUAUAUCAACACACCACGAUCAAGUAAACAAUGGGGCAAAUUGAUGAAGAGCGCUGGAUCAUUCAAUACCUCAGGAAGCUUCGAGAAUGUACUAUUCGGAUCCACCGGCAAAUGCGCCGGAGGUAACUCUAGCAAAAUAGCGCAUGCAAGGCAAGUCCACGCUGAAGUGUGCGGGAUCCUGCUAGGGUCACUGGAGGGCCUGCAAAGUGCUCUAGCUAUGUGUGGCUCCCCUGGUAUCCUGCUUACUCCUGAAGAAUCCUCCUCCAAUUCUGUGGUCGGAGAAGUCGCGCAGAGACUUAAGGAUCUUAACGACUUUGGCAAGAAGUUUGAAAAGUCAGAGUGUGGUGAGGAGGAGGAGUGGGCGAUGAGCGCGGCGCACGACAUCGCGCGGCUGUGUGCUGAGGUGACGCUGCGCUGGCGCGCCUUCCUGCACCACGCCUCCGACAGGCCACACGUACACCAUGCGCUCGCCGCCAGGCAUCAUGCGCUGCGCAUAAAGCGGUUCUCGGAGUGCUUCUUCGUGCUGGACAACCCUCGUCACUCGCUGGCGGGGUGCUACGACAGCAACUACCAGUCGUACCAGAGUGUGGGCGAGGCGGCGCGGCGCUCCCGGUACCUGGCGCUACUGCCGCCGCUACCCGUGCACUGCAUCGCACUCGACGGGGACCCACACAUCAUGCCUAUCAUAUUCGAGGACAGAUAUCAAGACACAGCAGAAUUUGCGCGACGACGUUCAUUCCUGAAUUCUAGUGCAAGCAAAUCAGGAAGCGAUCCUUUCCUAUGCUCGGAGCCCCUUGGAGAUGACUGUGCAUGUAGUGUAAGUUCACUCAUGGACUCCAGAAGACCAUCCUCUGAAGCGUCCAGAGUCACCCUCACAUUGCCUAAAACAAUCAUCAAGCUUUGCGAACCAAAGUUCAAUACACCCAAAUCCGGUUCUGGUGUCGUUUCAGCAACUUUAACAUUAGCUCCCCAAAAAUCAGCCCACGGAUCCCCCAAACGAACUGUAGUCAAACAAAAUGUUGUCGAACUUCCCAAGGCACAUAACAAACAACUUGAGCUCACGGGACGGAAUAGAUAUAUUGUGCAGAACAACCUCAUUAGCGAGAUCCAACUGCCACCAAAUAAUGCGUUCGCUUCAUGCACGAUACAACAGGGACAGACGAUGUCGCGAUACUCUGCGUCAACUUUGCUUGAUAUUAAUACAGCAAAAAGUGCUUCCAACGUGUCGCAUCUAGGCAAGGAGCAAUCUGAACCAGGACUUGAAAUAUUUCGACAAAAACACGAAAUUACUAGCGGGGUGAGCACUCUACCAGCUAGACACAGCAAGUCUCUGGAUCAACUGCGAGUGUCUCAACUAGCGCCGCUCAAUACUACGCAAACGCUGACUAAGAAUGUGAGAAACGGUUCAAAUUCGUCCGUUAACUAUCCGAAACCGUACUUACCACCGCAACAAAUCAAGCCUACCACAUUACCAAGAAGUGUCACAACUAGCGCUUACCCAACAAAUACAACGACUAGAUGCAGUUCCAAAGGAGAUGAUUAUAGAAGAAAUAUAAGUGAAUUUAGAGAAAAAUACAAAAAUCCUUGCAUCAAGAAAGCUGGACAUGGAAUAAACAAUGAAGUGUUUCAUAAUGUAGGCUAUAAGUACGACGGAGUGAUGAAACCGAAUCCUAACCAAGUGUACGGCUAUACUUUCGGUAAUCAGGGUAAUCUGCAAGUAAACAAUGUUAUUCGUAAUCCGUUAGAGUUUCAAAGAGGCUACAGUGUAAAUUUACCCCGUCCUAUGUUGCCUCCACGUAAUUCUUACCCACCGGUUAGUGGUAAAAAUCAAGUGACUGAUCAAAAUAACUUAGUUUCUAAUAAACACGUACAUAGAUCUAAUUCUACGCAUGUGUUUCAUCAAAAAGUGGAAAAUCAACAAAUUGACAUUGAAGCUGCUCGCAAUCAACUUCGGCAUGAGCUCAACUACUACCUACAAAAAGGAGAUUGGAGUUACGAUUUCAAUACAGGAAGUUUAAUUCAAAAUUAUCAAAAGAAAUCUAGCAAAAGCAGUGAUGACAGUGGAUUUGUAAUGACUUUAGAUAGAAGCAGCGAUGGAACAUCAAAAUCGACUUAUUCAAAAACUCCACCAUCUACUCCACACUCAACUAUGCCAUCGGUUAGACAUAAAAAGAGUAGAUCCAAAGAGUCAAAACUAAAUAACAGUGGAAAAGAAAAUACAAAAAUUAAUUCAAGUCGAGAUUCAUUGAGCAGUCACCAUUCAAUAAAAUCUCGAGAUAGUAAAUCCGAUCGUCACACAUCUAAAUCAGAACGAAGUACUCCAAAAUCUGACCGUGCCACACCACGGUCUGGCAAAUCUACGCCUAAAUCCGGUGGGUAUACUCCAAAAUCAGGUUUAGCUACACCAAAAUCCGGUAGAGCUACGCCAAAAUCGGGUGCUACAACACCAAAAAGUGGUAGGUCAAGUGGAAAACCAGAAAAACGUACGAAACACAAACCCUCUGAAAAAAUGACUCAGUUAAUGUCGGAAGCGGCGUCAUCGUCCAGUAACGAAAGUAUACCGUUCGAGUUAAGAAGAUUAGAAUCUUCUACUAGUGUCCCUUAUAGCCUCGAUCACGGGCCUGAGUUAUUACGACAUUGCAGAAGUGCGGCAUCUGUUUUAGAUGAACCGAACCUCAAUAAUACGUUCGGAUCCGAAUCUUUACCUAAUUUAGCCCCACCACCAGCAUUUGAAUCGCCUCCACUUGAUAUAGCAGAUAAAGAUUUUAAAAUAUUGCCUCCCAAAAACUUUUUAAACAAUGAAGAAAAACGUCGCAGAAGCACAUCGACUUCAAGUUUAAGUGAACAAAGUGGUUGGGUUUCUAGUGGACGCAGUUCAGGUCCUUCCUCUCCAGAUAAUGCAAGUUGUCAAUUAAACCAGAAUUUCGUACCUCCAAAACCAACAGCAUCCAAAUCAUCUAGUAAAACUUAUGAAGAUACAGGUGAAAUUGGAAAACAUGAUGGUGAAACCAUCAGUGAUUUCAAACGUACAGUCCUUAACGGGGAUCAGCUACGAGAACGACUCUUAAAGUUAGCCGUAAAAGUAUCACAAAACACUUCGAAUGAGAAAAUAGAAUGCUGUGAUAAGGAAGUUUGUGAAGAAUGCACCAUCUGUAGCGACUCUAUUUGCACAGAUAGUCAAUGCGAAUAUAAUAAAUUGGUACACAGUAAUGGCAUAGACGCGGGUUGCAACUCAGACACUUGCACGGCUAGUUGUUUUCAGCAAAUAGCUGAAGCCAACGCUGUGAAAGGAAAUCAACGACAUAACUCGUUUAGUGCUGUACAAGGAAAGACGUAUAGCUCCUCAUCUAAAAGUCUUAAUGAGGGAACGGUGAAAAAAUCGCAAACAAUGAGUGAAAACUUACACCCUUACAUUAGAAAAGAAAUCCCACAAAAACCUCAGCCAGCAGCACCUGCGAAAUCUCAGUCGCUAGACAAAACUAAGUUGAAAGAUAGAAUACAGUAUACGGAGAAAUUAAUAGCAGCUGAGAUACGAAGCUUGACAGUGGAUCGCUCUUGCGUCAAAACUGGAAGCCACAAGAAAGGCAGUUCCAACUCAGGGCAGAAAUACUCGAGCAAAGCUAAAUCUGAAAUUGACUUGGCCCACUUCAUGGGUGACAACGAUUACGAACAUUUACCUCCUCCGCAACAGUUUAGAGAUGCUCCACCUCCUCCAGAUGAAUUUAAGGAUCCACCUUCAAAAUCUCCGAAGCUCAGCAGACAAAGCAGCAAGUCGUCUACUCCAUCGAAGACUCCGAGGAAGCAGCAAGUUCAAGCUUCCUCGCUCCAGUUGGACAAUCCAUUGUAUCACGUAUGUGAGGAGCAAAGAGAAAGUAAUCUCGUCAGUAUAUUCGGCUUGGCCGAAUCUGAAAGGUUAUUCGUGAAAUGCAGAGAGGAGUUUAGACAAAGCGUCAAGUACCCGGGCGCCAUCUACUCGGACUUCCCGCCGGUUGAGAACUCUUUACCUUACUUCCAUAUCAGCGACGAGUAUAGAAUGUUUAACCCCGAAGGUUUGCAUCUAAUAAUCUGCGUUCACGGCUUAGACGGCAACGCGGCGGAUCUCCGCCUCGUGAAGACUUAUCUAGAACUAGGUCUGCCUGGGGCAAGGCUAGACUUCCUCAUGUCUGAGAGAAACCAAGGCGACACUUUCUCCGACUUUGACACCAUGACAGAUAGGCUAGUGCAAGAAAUCCUGACACACAUCCAGAAUUCGAGCGACCCAGCCCGCAUAAGUUUCGUGGGUCAUUCUCUUGGCACGAUCAUCAUUCGCUCAGCACUAGCCAGGCCGCAGAUGAAGCCAUAUCUCUCCAAACUGCACACCUUCUUGUCACUCAGUGGACCUCACCUAGGGACUCUGUAUAACUCCAGUGGUUUGGUUAACGCUGGCAUGUGGUUCAUGCAGAAAUGGAAGAAGUCGGGCUCCCUGCUGCAGCUGUCUCUCCGGGACGCAUCAGACCCUCGGCGCUCGUUCCUCUACCGGCUGAGUGAGAGGAGUCAGCUGCACCAAUUCAAACAUAUCCUGCUCUGUGGUUCUGGACAAGACCGAUACGUUCCACUGCACUCCGCCAGGCUGGAGCUCUGCAAAGCCGCGGCUAAAGACACGUCGCUUCUUGGACAAGCCUACAGGGAGAUGGUACACAACAUGGUGUCCCCGCUGGCGCGCGCGGCGGGUACGGGCGGCGCGGCCGUGGUGCGCUACGAGGUGCAGCACGCCCUGCCGCACACGGCCAGCGCGCUCGUCGGCCGCGCCGCGCACAUCGCCGCGCUCGACUCAGACCUCUUCAUCGAGAAGUUCCUGCUCGUGUCCGCGCUCAAAUACUUCCGAUAAUACAACCUCUGCUACCCCCACCUCCAACCCAACACCCGUCAUACUUUUUCCCUCUUCUUCGCUCUACACAGCGUGACAUAGCGUUCCAUGUUCAAAUUUACCCCAACUAGCAUUUUAUUAUAUCACGUAUCCCC